AUGACAGGAGAGAUGAAGGACCGAGCACGCCGUGAUCUCGAACACUUUUUUGACAUCGACAGCAAUGAGGGCUACAUUGCCUGGAAGAUUAAAAACACACAGCGAGAACUCAGCAAUGGCGGUACCAAUGGGGGUAGGAGAAGGAGCUCUUACACUACAGGCAGCAGCGGACCAAACUUAGAGAGAGAAGUGACUGAAGUGCAGCAGUUGGAGGGAGACCAGUGUCGAGAGGCCAUAUCUCUACUGAAACACAGCACAGACAACGAACAGAUCUUCAUGAAAAUGAGAGAAACCUUCCAGCACAGGCAAAAGUUGAUCCAUGUUCCUGAGCAAUGCAGUACAGUGCUUACUGUGUUCCCAAGGUUUCUUGACACAAAAGGCCUGCUGGCGCAAGACUUUGACCUGUUGUUUGGAGCUGAGACUUCAUCAAAACUCCUUGAGAAAUGGGAUUUCCUGAAGGCCAAAGUAAUAGAGCAAGCCAAGGACAUCAGCAAGACACCCCUGCUUGACCAUCUCAUCCAGUCUGCAGAGGAGAACACUGAUGAGGAUGACGAGGUCCCAGGUUGGGAUAGUGACAUGGCCUCACUGCUACUGCUGGUCUACCUACUGCCACCACCUCCAAGUGGAAAGAAGGGAGCUGUAAAGAUCAGUACCGGGGAAGCUGUGGACCAUGUAGUCAAAUUUCAUAAGUCAUGUCGCAGCCUUCAGGAGCACUCUGGUCCAAACCAGCGGAGGCAGCCCUACAUCCUGGCAGUUGGGACGACAAGAAAGCACAUCCACGAGUUCUACAUUGCAUUGGAUGGUGAUCUCCUUCCCUGCAAGGGCAAGUCUUCCCUGUCAGCCUUUGAUGAACUUUUCAAAGCACAUUAUGUUUUCGGCAUCUCCUAUGACCAGGCCUUAAAUGGCAUGUACACAUUUGUGCAGACCACCAUCUACAACAUUGAUUUAGGUCAUUCUCACAAAACUCCCAGAGACAAGGACCCAAGAGCUAAGCUCCUCAACUAA